CUGUGGUUAGGAACAGUUUUGUUUAUGUUUAUUUGAAAGUUUUGUAGUGCGGUUUAUUUGUACCGGUUGUAAGUUUAGAAUUUAAGGCUUGUUCUACGGUUUAGAACUCUUACACUGCUCAAGUUUCAACAUUCUUUGUAAUGGAUAAAUUAGUGGACCAAAUUCUCCAACAUGGCUCUGAAAACAAUACGUUCAGCCUGCAGAAGACAAUUGCUAAUUCCAGCGAAAAAGCGCUGGAAAGUCUUAUUAAAUCAACGUUAAGCAGUUCGACGUUUCUACAAAUUUGGGACUAUUUGCUAAAAGCAUUUCAAACCGGCUCAGUUAAUCAGGAAAAACAAAUCAAAGUGGUUCUAACUGCUUUAAGGGAACUUGAAUAUAAGGAGUGUUUCUCUUCACAUUUAUCAUCAAACCUGGUGCAAAGGCUGUGUAUGGAUCUGACAAAAUUCAAAACUGAACAUCUGGCUGAAAUUUGCAUGUUCUGUCUGGAAAGCAUUCAAUCGAAGAAAAUUAGCUCUUCUACUGGUUGGAAAGAUCUACUUCCAGAUGCGUUAAGUGUUAUAUCUGCUAGAGACUUUGUAAGUUUCAAUGAUGCAGAUUACACAGGACAAGAGUUUAAGACAUUUUGUAUUACGAAUCUUUGCAUGAAUAAUUGGCCUGCUGGAAAACUCACCCAAAUCACCGCAAUGUUUAGUGAUAUACCCCUUGCCAAAGACAAACACUUGGAAGUCGUUAACAAAUUGGCGUGUUCUAUAGAGAAGUUAACACCUCAGGAAGUUCCUUCCUUCGUAUAUCAGCUACUUCGAUUGUGCCACCAUCAAAAUAGCCGAUAUGUUUUCUUAAAGUUACAACACUAUUUUGGAUUAAGAAUUUAUUGCGGCUCGAAUUUUAAAAGAAUGUGCAACAACGAUAACUCUCCAGACCUAGAUGUGAUAGAAAAUGCUGAUGAUCGUGAUGCUUUAGAUGCUGAAAGCAUGGUCCUUUACCACAUUCAAACUGCUGCUUCAAUCGGUCAUAAUUCCAUCAAGGAUUAUUUAAGUUCUUUGAAAAAUACUGUCAAAUCCCCAGACUUUCUUCUGCACCAUUUCCAGCUGUUGGCUUUGCUUACUAUAGCUACCGUUGACCAGUACGAAGAAGCUGUAUUUGAAAUUAUUAGACAUUCUAUUGUAAGGACUUAUAAUGAACAGCAGAGGAAGACCUCUUCAUACUGGUAUCGGGAUAUAAUGACCGCAUCAGUGCAUCCAGAGAAAAUUUUCAAGGAUAUUUUGAACUUUGGGGACAGGGAAUUCAUUCUGGAAUCAAUAGCAAAUCUUGGAUUUGCUUUGCUUAGUGUAGGUUCAGCUUUAGGCAGAGAUGUUAUAGCUGAAAAGCAGUGGACUUUAGGCACAAUGAUUAUACUAAAGGUUAUGAAGAAAAAACGAAGUAUAGCUCCAAUAAUAUUAAACACUUUUGCCAGUCAUAUUUUAACUAGACAAAGUGCUACUCAGUAUAUAGAGUGUUUGUAUUUCUUAAGUGAAACAUGCCCAUUGCUGUUAUUGGAUAAUCAGAGUUGCGUUGUUGAACUCAUAGAAAGUUUGAUGCAAAUUCCCAGCAACAUAGCCAAACACUUACUAGAUGCUCUGAUACCAUUGGCAAAAUUAUCCGCUCCUAUCAGGGAUCAACUCAUACUCAUUCUACGGAAAUGUUUAUAUUCCCGAUCAAUAGAAACUCGACAAGUUGCCGUAUAUGGAUACGUGAUGCUAAUGAGUACGCUGAAUAUUUCAACUGGAGGCAUCAUGAGUCAAACAAGCACCGGAUCAUUUUCGUCCGGAUUUUCUCUAUAUACUCAGAUUUCUUUGAAUCGAACUACCCAAUCUGCUAGUAACGCGUUUAGCAGUGAAUCAAUUUGUUGGGAAAUUUUGGGGAUUUUAAAGAGGUGCUUUAUACAGCAAAUGGAAGUCAAAUUCGAAUUGUACAACGAUUUAUAUAGCGCCGUUUGCCUUAAUCCUGAACUGGGCGUUGCAGUUCUAGAUGUGCUUUGGUUUCAUUUUAUAGAGUUUUACAUUUCGGACGAGGAUUCCAGCCCACCGUUGAAUUUUUGCAAUGUCGCCGCCAUUAAAGAUGGUGAUUGCAUUCUCCAAGAGCCACUCGGGAAAUUCGUUUACACUUUAGCGCAGAUUGUGGUCAAAGUGAACAGUUCCGAUGACGACCCGGAAAGACCUGCUUUAAAGAAGUAUACCGACGUAUUAAACUCGCUCUGUCGCAGAAUGUGCAACUGCGAGUUAGUCCAUUUUGAAUUGGAUGAUGGCACUGAUUUAACAGAUCCUGCACCUGAAAGUCAGAAAAAAAUGCACAUUUUAAAGGAAAUUAUCAAUGUAUUCGAGGCAUUAAUGGGCUUCAAAGUGGCGACUUUGUCAACUGAGAAUGAAGAUCAGUGCGGUAUUAUUAACAGUUUGUUUGAAGGCUAUUCAAGGUUUCUUCAAUUUGGAAAGAAUUUGCUCAAAUCGAAGAAAUCCAAAAAAUGCGACAAAACAACACAGAAGGAAGAUAAGACAACGCAAAAGAACACUUCAACAGCUCAAGGCAAUUCUUCCAAAAAGCACGAUAGUUCAGGAAAAGGUUUAAAAGGAUUCAAACCCCCCGGCACUUUAUUAGAUUUCGCAGUCGUUGUAAAGGGUUUGCGGACUUUGCUAGAUCCAAGUGUGUCCUGGGUGAGCACAGCAAAUGCCAAUACGAUCAUUAGAAUUAAAACCCAUUUGCACAGACAUUUUAUUCAAGCUGCAGCGCAGUUGGUUGCGAAAAGUAAAAACAAUAAACCCCUUGAAAGGGUGUAUUUGAAGAGCAGUUUUGACCAUAUAACAUCAAUAGCCAGAGUUUUGUAUAAUAAAAUCAUCUUAAGGAUAAGGGAUUAUGUUGAUUUUGACUGUAGUUCAGCAGUUAUGGGCAUUGAAUGCUUCCACACUAUUCUAAUAGUAAUGAAUGGAUAUAACCCAAACAAUACUGUUAACUUUGUAAGUAAAGUAGGGGAAACGAAUGCAGGGGCUUCACUUAUAGAGCAUAUUAAGCCCUUGCUAGGCGAAUUUCAGCAGCUUUUCGACAUAGAGGAGGAUGAACUAUCCAAUGAUCCAGAGAUUAAAAGAUACCCACAGGCUGUAUUGAGUAACAUUGCAGCGCUUUGUAACUUAAUGCCCAGUGAGACUAAUGUUUUAUCUCUAGAGGUUUAUGAAUGGUUAAAGCAAAUAGCCUACAGUAAAGAAAUCCCGUCGAAAGUAGCAGGCAGCUUCAUGAAUUUGCUAUUUGAAAUGCACAUUCGGUACAAGUCAGGAUUAACACUUUUCGAACAUGCUUCAAUCAGUUUCUUUGAUAUUUAUGGAACGAAUGAUACAGAUGAUUCGAUUGAAGAAUCUCAGGAUACGUUGAAAAUUAUCAACCUUGGAUCUGCCAAUGCGGUACUGAUGGCCAUUUGCACCUUCAACAAGAAUAUUUUGGAUGAUGUGGAAAGCAUAAUUUUACGCAUAAAAUCCGAUUAUUCUAUCGUAACAAUAUCCGGCAAAGACGACGUCAAAAGAAAGGACGAUUUGAAGAUUAAAGAAAAAGGUGUAACAUGCCAACUAUGCUUCCUCAGUAAAAUCCUCACAAACUUAAUGAAUUUGUCGCUGGCACCCGGAAGUAUUUCAGAUACUCUUUUCAAAAACGUCGUGCAAUUCUACUCAGCUUUAACUUCGCUUACCAAAUACUUCAUAAGCAAAUCUAGCAAGAACUAUCAUGCCUUUCAAGGAGUAUGGUUCGAAAAACUCGUUAAACUAGCCGGAAAGCAACUGGGGCCGACAAUAUACACUUUCGUGUGUCAGCUGGAACUUGGACAACAUAAAGACGACGACUCGACGAAUCAAGGUGGAAAAAAGAAAUCCGAAAGUGCAGCAUUGAAAAGCAAAGUUUUGCGAGAAACCAAAACCAUUCCAAAGGCGGUUUAUGAAAUGGAGCAAUUCAGCAAAUACAUCAUUCAAUUGAGCAAUAAAACUAAGUAUGAUUUAUCCAAGUACGUGGGGCAAGGCACCUCAAGGGAUUUCAGGAUCAAUCUGCAGAAUAUUCAAAACGAUUUAAAACGCGCCAGGAGUCGUGACGACGAAGCAGAAGAAAUGCAGGAAGAUGAAAAUGACUCCGUACUGGAGGAAACAAGUGCAACGGAUGAAGUGGAAGCUAUAGGAAGUAGCGAAGAUGAGGAGAAUCAAGCUACUAAAAGGAGAAAAAUUCAGUUGGUUUAGAUCUAACUGGCCUAAAUAGGUUUGUUGUUGUUUUUGAUAAAAUAAUGAAUAUAGAAAAAGCUGCAAAUGACCCA